AUGCUGGCCAGCCGGAAAGCAGUAGCCGCGGGCGGUGGGGAGGCGGCUGCCGGGCCUUCGGGGCCGCUGAACCGGGAACACCGCGGGGAGGAGACGCCGCCCGGCCGCGCAGGGUGUCGUCUCACCGGCCUGGUCAACUGGAAGCAGAGACCGUGCAGGACUUCAGCCCUGUUUGCUGCAGCCAGCGCGGUGCUCUGGUUUGUGGCCUUCAGCCCUCUACGAGCCUACAGCCUCCUGGCCGUCCUGCUGGCUCUGCUGGUCGUCACUGCGACCGCCAGAGACAUCGCUCGGGCCAGAUCCACAGGAGCUCUCUUGUGGCGCAGCAUGACUGCAAGCUGGGAGAUCAUUGACCCAGGCCAGGAUAGCCGGUCUGGGACUGGACCUCAGCUCAGCGACUCCCUCAAACUCUUCCUCCAGGAGACGUCGGCUUUCAAACAGCAAAACCCAGGCAAGUUUUGCCUGCUGGUUUGCAGUCUGUGCACCUUCUUUGCUGUCUUAGGACGCUACAUUCCAGGGAUUGUUAUCUCAUAUAUUCUAGUGCUGGGCGUCUUCCUGUGGCCUCUGAUUUCAUCUCAUGAUGUUGGUUUGUGGCUAGAGCCAGUUCUGCAGAAGCUGGACUUUGGCAUCGGGGAGUUCCUUCAGAAAAUCAAAGAGAACCACGAGAAGAGGAUCAUGCAGGCUCAGACUGAGAAGGAGGGCAUCGAGUCAGACCUCUCCUCCAUGUUUCCCAAGCUCGACUCCACGGCCUGUAAGGAAAUGUCCGUGUCGGACACAGAGGUGUCCGACGUGACGUGGACGGACAACGGUACUUUCAACCUGUCAGAAGGACACACACCUCAGACUGAGAACUCAGAGGACCUCGACAGAGAAGAGGCGUUCACUGGUGGCCUUCCAGAAUUCCCCUCACUAGACAACGGCGCAACGACCAAUGACGACGACGACCUCAGCCUCGACCUUCCCUCGCCUCAGUCCCAGCAGCCAAUCAAAUCCAAGCAUACACCCUCUCCUCACAAAGGCCAAGCCACCGACCAGGCCCUGGAAUUAGUCCACCAGAUGGCGGGCGACGUCAUCGCCGCCGCUGUCACAGCCGCCAUCCAGGAGAGAAUAGAAGCAGCGGUCGGCCUAUCGGCGCUGAGCGACUCGGAGCAGUCAAGACUCCCAGAAUCCACCAGGCUUCUGGAGCUGACCGAGGAUUCGGACAGCGAGGUGGAGGACUUUGAGCUGCUCGACCAGUCGGAGCUGGAGCAACUGGAGGGGGAGCUGGGGCUGGGAGAGGCGAAGGUCCAGGCCAAAGAGGAGGCUCAGGCUAAGAGUGACAAGCCGGCCUCUUCUGGAUUCUUCUCCAAACUCCUGAGACGCCACUGAUAGAUGAAAAGUCUGGUCGGCGGGGACGAAGACGGGUUACAGAGGACAUGUGGAGGGGAGACGGGGGUGUUGCGGUAACAGAUGACUGGUGGGGUUGUGAGAAAACAAUGUUUCCAUGUAUCUUUUUCCUGUAGAGCUAACAUCAACAUCUCAGAACUCAUCAGUUUGGCAGAUAUGGAGGUGGAAGUGAUGUCACUUUAGUCAAAAUCACUGUAGCCUAAUGCCGAGAUCAGAACACAUGAUAUCCAGCCCGGUACUCCUCGCGACAUCCUGACCAAAAGACGCCUGUGUCAUUCCUCCUCUCGCCGUGACCACUUCGGAUAGGUGUGAGUGUGUGUCCGUGCCAUCAAAUGCCCUGGAGGGUGCCUGUGUCACUGCAUAUUUAUUUAUUGACCUCUUUAAUUUUUUAACAUUUGUCUACAUUUUUUUUGCACAUACUACCCAGCGGCCACUUCAGAGCAUACUUGAUGAGCGUUCUGGUCAGGUCGUGAGUCUUAUAUUAGUUCAGAACUGAUGUAGAUGUGAUUAUGGGUAACGGUGGGUUUCGAUGUGGAGGUUUUCAGGUGCGUGGUGGGUUUGCAAAGCUGGAAUCAGGCAGGAUUAAAAUGUUCUUCCUUUUUUGCAGACUUGUUAAAAUGUGUUCAGUAACAUUCGUAACGUUUUCGCUCUUUCGUGUCUGCCACCUUACUGAUCACCUGUUGUCUGCCGUGGAAGUUGAGAAAGACAGAAAGCUGUGAUUGGUCCGACCUUUAGUCUGCAGCGUCUCGCAGUCAAGCAACUGCAAGAAUUCACGAUCCGGACACAGUGACCAUCAUAACAUACAAACGUAUUGUGUAGUCUGAUCCCGGCAUAAAAGGCUGCUGAUGGUUUCAGGACUCAGGUCCGACUUUUGGUUUUAAUCAUUUGCUGUGGUUACAUUUGUCUUUUCAAAGCAACUUCUAUCACCUGAUCACAUUUUUUCUGGUGAGCUCAAUUUAGCAUUCAUAAGCAGCAUAUAAACACUUUUCAAAUGGUUUUAGCACACUAUUACUUAGUUGUAAGCAAAUAAGGACAUUUUAAGUGUUGAUUAAUGUAUUGUGUAACAAUGAGUAACUAGCAUCUGUAACAGUACAUAAAUAGUUAAUAACAGAGUACAACUUAAAUAUAAAGAAAAAGAAAUAUAAAUAAAUAUGAUGUAUUACACACACAAAUAAAUCCUCACAGUCAGUGUGUUAUAAAGCACUUGUUUUUACAGGCAGGUUUAAAAGUGGUUAUAAAACACUAGGUUGCACCGUCAUGUUUCCACAGAAGCCCAGAAUGGACAAACCAAACACUGGCUCUAGAGAGGGACUUCAGUUGUAAUGAAGAGUUGAAAUAAAGUAAAUAAAAAAUCAGUAAAUGUAAUAAAUAAAUAUUUGAUACUUUAUAUUUAGAUGAAAUCUGAAUAUAUAUUUUAUAUGAUAACAACUGUGUUACAAUGUUGUAUCAAUCAAUUGUUCUCUGUUUGCUCAUUUAAAAUCUCCAUAUACAUUAUCUGCUUAUAAUUAUAGUGUGCUAUAAACCAUUUAAUGAUUAUAUUCUUUGCUGCUGGACACAAAAUAUUUAAAACUGAAACUGAUCUCUCAACGUCUAAACAUUCCCAAAACAGACUUUUGACUGAAGCCUCAAAUACAUCCCAAAAUUGCAUUGAAAGACCAGAAUAACUGCAGCAAAAUGCAUAUUUUACCAGUGACCUGAGGUGUUAGUUUGGCUACAGCAAGUGGAAUAUGACUGACUAACUGACUGCCUUUAGUUUUCAAAACCACAAUGUAGACCGCUCUCAACACACCUGACACUCACUUUGAUGCUGAAUUGAUUAAUUCAACUACAUAACCCAGAAUUCCCCAGCCAUCAAAUCAAAUGACAAUCACUAUUCAAUCAAAACACCUUUAAUGCUCAAAGUACUGCUACUGACUGGAUAGUUGACUAUGAUGAUUAAAAAGUAGGAAACCUGUUUUUUAAUUUUUUAUUAUUUCCUUUUUUAAUUUUAUACGUACAUUUUUUCCUGAGACAUUUAUGUCGUCAAGGGACUUUUUUUUUAUGACAACAUGCAGCAGGUCUCAGAAUACCAUGCAUGGAAAUCUUAUUUUGAGACAUAGAUGUGUUUAAACACUGAAACGUUUUACUUCCAGUGUUGGAUGUAAGUCCAGACAUUGCUUAAUGUCACACACUGAAAUGAUGUGAACACAGUUACUGCGAUGAACCGUCAAACCAUGUGUGAUACAUUCAUCCGGAUGGAGUCUGACGCUGGGGUCAGGUGUCAGCAGAAGUGGUACUGAUGAAACAGAGGUGGUUCCAGGGGCUCAGUGGUUGAAGCGCUGGCCAUGAAUCACAACAUCCUCUGAAAAAUCCAAAACACAGCUUUCAACUGGACCUGAGACCGCUAGACUUGGUCCGAACCCGAUAGGGAAGACCCGAUCGUUAAACGGGUGGUUUGAAUUUACCCAAACAAAGAGAAGACUGGAAACAACCUGAUGCUCUACCAAAUAACGAGCUGCCACUGUUAUUUUUCUCCAGUGAUGACCCUUCAAUCAGAGCUGAUAGAGAGUCCGCUUAAAUCCACCUGGGUAUUAGACCAGACCUGCGGCAACAGGACAGGAUUCUACCUGAUCUGAAAAUUGUGACCCUGCCCAAAUCCCUGAUCAAUACUUGGGUAAUAGGAACCAAGUGAGCCCACAUCACCGCAUGACCCAAAAUUAGACUCAAAACAAAGUCAAAUUUGGUUUUAGAGCACUGAAAGUAAAACGUUGCGAGACGACGCAUUUCCAUUUACACCUUAAUUAUUAUUUAACGACACACCGACGUAGAGCAGUGUGCUGUGUCAAGCAUCACGGAUUCAACGAACUAAGACAAAGAAUGACUGAAGUGUUUCUUUAACAUGCCUUGUACAUUAAAGGACAUUGUUUUUAUAAUAAAGACACGCAGCAAUGUAUAAUGUAUCCUCUUGAUUUAAUCAUGUAAUGCCUUGUAUUAGCAUAACUCUAAAGAUGAUAAUAGAAAUAUUUGUUUUUCAUUUAUCUUCCAGUCACAUCAUGGUGGUUUCCAUGCAGUUGUCUGAAAGUGAGAAAUCCUUUGGCCUUACUGCGAAAAUAUGUUGGCGGAUCAGAACAAAACUGCAUUAACAAAAUGUACUUUUAUGUAAUUAAACUCGAGAAUGUCAAUAAAUUGUUGUA